UUAACAUCGUCAACAAACGUCAAGUCAAAGAAAACUACAAGCAAUUUUCACUGAAACAAAAGCAGAAAUAAUUUUUUUAUUGAAGAAGUAUAAAUUUAGCACAAAUAAUUAUGUUUAAGUCAAGCUUUGAAAAAAAUCUUGAAAAUGCUACCAGUCAUUUGCGACUGGAGCCCGACUGGCCUUCAAUUUUACUUAUUUGUGAUGAAAUUAACCAAAAAGAUGUCAUGGCUAAAACUGCCUUUGCUGCGAUUAAGAAAAAAAUGAAUUCACCCAAUCCACAUUCUGCUUGCUACGCUUUAUUGGUAUUGGAGAGUGUUGUAAAGAAUUGCGGAGCACCGGUUCAUGACGAAGUGUUUACCAAGGAGAAUUGUGAAAUGUUUAGUAAUUUCUUGGAGCAGACACCGCAUGAGAAUGUGCGUCAAAAAAUGUUGGAACUGGUGCAGACAUGGGCAUAUGCUUUUCGUUCGUCUGAGAAAUAUCAGGCAAUAAAGGAUACCAUGACCAUAUUAAAAGCUAAGGGGCACACCUUCCCAGAACUAAAGGAAGCAGACGCCAUGUUCACUGCAGAUACGGCACCAAUUUGGGCGGAUGGUAAAGUGUGCCACCGUUGUCGCGUUGAGUUUACGUUUACCAAUCGGAAACAUCACUGCCGCAAUUGUGGACAAGUGUUCUGUGGGCAGUGCUCGGCCAAGCAGUGUCCGCUGCCUAAAUUUGGCAUUGAAAAAGAUGUACGUAUUUGUGAUGGCUGCUAUACCUUGCUGCAACGACCAAAUUCAAAACCAGCACUGCGCGCCGCUGAAAGUGACUUGCCUGCGGAAUAUCUUAAUAGUUCACUAUCGCAGCAAGUGCAGGUGAGUACACCACCGCGCAAAAGCGAGCAAGAACUAAAAGAAGAAGAAGAGCUGCAGCUAGCUCUAGCGCUGAGUCAAUCAGAGGCCGAGGAAAAGAAGAAGCAACAACAACAACAUUCAUUGUCUGCUUAUCGUUUGCAACAACGUUCGCCUAGUCCAGAGGCACCGCCAGCACCGAAGGAAUAUCAGCAAGAGGAAACAAAUCCAGAUUUGGCAAAAUACUUGAAUCGCUCUUACUGGGAGCAACGCAAAGUGAACGAAUCUCCAUUGGCAAGUCCAUCGGCACCAAGUCCAAUGCCAACACCACAACCACAGCAGGCACCAACUCAGCCAAAGUUAGCUGACGAGGUACAAAUUGACGAAUUUGCGGCAAAUAUGCGCGCCCAGGUGGACAUAUUUGUUAAUCGCAUGAAAUCGAACUCCAGUCGCGGUCGGAGUAUUUCAAACGAUUCUUCGGUGCAAACACUCUUCAUGAACUUAACUUCGCUACAUUCGCAACAACUUUCCUACAUCAAAGAGAUGGAUGACAAACGAAUGUGGUAUGAACAAUUGCAGGAUAAAUUGGCGCAAAUCAAAGAUUCGCGUGCUGCACUGGAUGUGCUGCGCCAGGAACAUGUAGAGAAGCUGCGACGCCUUGCCGAAGAGCAAGAGCGCCAGCGACAAAUUCAGAUGGCACAGAAAUUGGAGAUAAUGCGAAAGAAGAAGCAGGAAUAUUUGCAAUAUCAACGUCAGCUUGCACUGCAACGCAUACAGGAACAGGAACGCGAAAUGCAAUUGCGUCAAGAGCAGCAGAAAGCUCAAUAUCUCAUGGGUCAGACCGCUUUCCCAUUUAUGCCACCCGGUGCUGUGGCUGGCCCACAAAGUUCACCUUCGCAUCAAAUGAAUAAUGUUUACAAUCCUUACGCCUUUAAUCCUAAUUCACCGGGACCAAUGAGUGCAGGCGGUGGCGCUCAAUUUAAUGCACCUGGCGGCAUGAUUAAUGCGCCAGGAGCACCUCCUUUGGGACCAAGUUCCAUGCAGCCAGGGAUGUAUGCGCCCGGAAGCGUGUUGCCAAAUCAGCCAAAUCAACAUCCAGGGAUGAUGUUGCAGCAGGGGCCGCUGCCACCGCAGGGUAUGAUGCCAGGUGGACCGCAAAUGAGUGACGGCAUGUCGGCUAUGCAAGCUCAACAACCACCGAAUCCGGCUUUAGGAUCAUUAGCACCACAACCACAACAACAACAACAACAACAUAUGCAACAACAACAGCAUCCUUCGCAGUUGGCUCACGUUAUGCUACAACAGCAAAAUGUCUUGCAAAAUCAUCCACCCAUACAGACAGGCGUUCAAAUGCCACCACAAACUGCACAUCAAUUACCGCCACAACAACAACAACCAACACAGCAGCAGCAACAGCAACAGCAACAACAACAAAUACAGUUACAAGCAGUUGCCGCUGCACCGGCACCACCACAAUCGGAGCCGGAGCCGGCGGCACCGCCAGCCGCACCCGAAGAACCAGCUACAGCGGAGCUAAUAAGCUUUGAUUAGUUUUAUUAAAAGAAAAAGCAGGACAUUAAAACAAAUUUAAUAUUAUAAAUGUUAUAUAUACUCGUAUGCGAAAUGAAUCAUUCCUUGAGCGAAAAUCUAGAAAAUAACACGAAAUAUGUAAACUGUAUUGCUAUUUAAUAAGAUUUUAUUAUUUUAUGUAUGCAAACAAGAGCACGGGUAUUAAAAGUGUAUAUUAACAAAAAUUAUAUUUAUAACCAAGCGACUAAAUAUGAAUACUAAUCAAAUGAUCGGUGAAGUUUCUGGUUAGGAUCAUUUCAUCGCAGGCUGAUACUGAUCGUUUUUGUUAUUGGUUUUUUAUUUUAAU